GAGAAGGGUUUGUGGUCUGGGAACUGGAUAUUGUGGUUUAGGAUUUUGGUGGUAAACUAUUACUGGAUGGUAGGAGCAAAAGCUCCUACAGGAAGUGAGUAGCUCAAUUUAGACUGGAGGUAAAGGUGGUUGGAGUUGAGGAGGCCUAGGAAGUAUGAGGUCAAGAGUUGUGUGGGUCAUCCACCACCUAACAUUUAUCUAUUCUCAAUUCUCUAGUGCUUGUGCCACUAGAAGGCUUGAUGUUUUAAGCACAUGGAGGAUGCCAACCAAACUGAGAUGAUUCAUUUCCACUUCCGUCCCUUUUCCAAACUCUCUGAGGUGCAGAUGUUGAUUUUUGUGGCCUUCCUGAUUAUGUACCUGGUCAGCAUCAGUGGAAACUUCUCCAUUUCCAUCAUCAUCUGGAUCCACCAUUCUCUCCACACCCCCAUGUACUUCUUCCUGGCCAACUUGGCAGCCCUGGAGAUCUGCUAUUCUUCCACCAUUGCCCCUCUGACUCUGGCCAGCAUCCUGUCCCCUGAGAGAACCAUAAUCUCCCUUCCUGGGUGUGGCACCCAGAUGUUCUUCUUCAUCUUUCUGGGCAGCGCUGAUUGCAUUCUGCUGGCCCUCAUGGCCUAUGAUCGGUUUGUGGCCAUCUGUCACCCUCUACAUUACACUCAUAUCAUGAGCCGACGGUUGUGUGCCCAAAUGACCCUGGGGUCUCUGGUGCUGGGAUUUACCUUGGCCGUGCAGUUGACUGUGCUCAUCUUCCGACUCCCCUUCUGCAGCAGUAAAGAAAUCAGCCUCUUCUAUUGUGAUGUCCUCCCUGUCAUGAGACUAGCCUGUGCAGAUACCCGGGUUCACGAGGCCACUCUGUUUGUGGUCGGCGUCACUGUCCUCACCAUCCCAUUUCUGCUCAUCAUUCUCUCCUAUGUCUUCAUUGUGGCUGCCAUCCUGAAGAUCUGCUCUGCAGAGGGAAGGCAUAAAGCCUUCUCCACCUGCUCCUCCCAUCUCACUGUGGUCCUCCUCCAGUAUGGAUGUGGGAGCCUCAUCUACUUGUGCCCCAGCUCCCGGUACUCUCCUGAGAGGGGCCAGGUAGUGUCCGUGGUUUACACAUUCAUCACUCCUGUGCUGAACCCCUUGAUCUACAGCAUGAGGAACAGAGAGCUUAAGGAUGCUUUGAAGAGAGCAAUGAUGAGGUUCUUGCUGCCCCAAACAUAA